AUGUCAAAUUUAUCAUCCGAAGAGAAGCAGAAAUUUGCUCAGUUAAAAGAGGUGACAAACUUUGAUGAUGAAACUGAAAGGGACAAGGUAUUGAGAUUAUUGGAGGUGUGCAAUUGGAAUCUCGACCGGGCCUGUGCCCGGUAUUUUGAUAACGAUUUUCCGUCUUUGUUAGAUGAUCGCACUUCCAAUGAUAUUUCUCAUGAGGCUACACAAAUGUUUUCUCCACCCACUAGAGAUAGUUCACAUAUCCAGUUUAGAGAAGCUGGUUCAGCGGAUUCACCAUUUUCAAUUGAUCAGAUGAACUUUGAUGGACGCCUACUUGAUAUUAUUCCGAAACUUCCUAGGGCAAUGACAAUUGCCAACAAAUGGAAGUUAAACCUUGGCGUUGCACACCCCCAAUUAAAUGGCCGUGAUGGAGGAUUCUCAAUUUUCACCCCCAUUGUAUUUGUGCUUAUGGUUAUUCCUAAAUUGCUUUGGGCACUUGGUUGGGGACUUGAUCGCAUGUUAGGAAGUACUUUUCCGAAAUUGUUUCAUUUCCUUGGAUUUAGGGAUGGUCCAGGUGAUUUCCCGUUAAAGCCAAUGCACCAGACAAAGGAGGAAAUUUCUACGUAUAACGUCAAGGACUAUAUCGAUAAUACUUUGGGAGAAACUUCUGAUUUACAUAUUUUCAAAGGGGAAUUUAACGAAGCGUUUGCCGAUGCUAAAGGUGGUCUGAAAUGGAUGAUGUGCAUCCUUAUUGAUUCUCAAUCCGAUGUUUCGAGGAAAUUUAUCAAAACAUAUUUAAAUGACUCGCAUUUUUUGGAACUUUUGAAGAAGCAUGACGUUAUACUAUACAUUGGUGAUGUUCAGUACCCUGAGCCACAUGAAGUUGGGAGUACAUAUCGGGCAUAUUCUAUCCCUUAUUUGAAUAUUAUUGGUAAUGUUUCAUCAUCUGAUAUUUCUGCGCCAUCAAUGUCAAUUGUGUUCAAAUGUCAAUCAUUUGGAAAAGAUUCAAAGCAAACACCAGAAGGACGUCGUAAGUAUUUCCGCAGAAUGAACCGUGUAUUUGAUAGAUACGAACCACAAUUAGUGGCUCAAAGAGCAGAUAAGGAAGAGGCUGAGUUUGCAAGGGUAUUAAGAGAACAGCAAGAUUCGGCAUACCAAAAGUCAUUGUUAAGAGACGAAAAGAAGCAUGCUGAGAAAGAGAAGAGGCUUAGAGAAGAGCAGCAGAAAAAUGAAGAAGUUAAAAGGAUUGAAGAAGCCAAAGAACUUGAAGCGAAACAGAGAAAGGCUUUCCUUUUGAGAUACAUCAGAGAGAAAUAUACAAGAGACACAACAACAUGGAAAGCGGGAAGUUAUGCUAGAAUACAGAUUAGAGACGAUAAAGGCAAAAGAAAUGUUUGGAAAUUUGACAAGAACGAUACCACGUACGAUUUAUUUAUGUUUGUGGAAACAUCCAGGUACCUGUUUCAGUUGGCCAAAGAAACCGGAAAGGACGAGGGUGAAGUUAAAGCUAUAAUACAGUCUGAGAACGUCCCACAAAUAGACACCAGAGAUUAUCAGCUAUCGUUUACAUUUGAUUUGAUUUCACCUCUGAAUCGUUUGAGACUCACGGCAGAUAGGCAGAAACUCAUACAUACUUGCGAUUACUUAUGGCCAAACGGGUCAUUACUUGUUGAGAAGGCGGAUGAUGAGUCAUCUGACAAUACAGAUUCAACCACUGCAGAGGAUGACUGA